GCUCGGUACCGUUUUCACCUCAUGAAUACCACUGUAGCGAGUCUCGCAUACGACUCUCAUUUUGGUCCACCCUCUGAGCCUUUGAAUAUCGAAGACUUCAUAACAGACGGCCGCAAACCACUAUCUUCAUCCGAGGAGAAUCUCUUUACGUCGAAGCCCUGUCACAUACAGAAUAGAGACGCUCUUGAAACUCUCACCGAGGACCAACGAAAGGAAAUUCAAGAUGAAUGUUGCUUGGAUGAAUUGAAUGCCAACGUGAAGGACACGCUCAAAGAUCCUCGUCUAUACGCUCAUGCUCGUCGAACCCACGAGGCGGCAAUUAUAUCCGUGUAUGAGACAACAGAAACGAAUGUCUCCAACCGAAGAAAACGGAAAAGAGAGGACCUUGCCCCAUCAGCUCAAGAUCCUCCUGAACUUGUUGCCUUUCGCGAACAGCUGACAAAUAUAACCUUGCAAAGCUGGCCUCUGCCUCAUACGGCCUCCUUUUUUAUCCGCGGUCCCAAAAACUCUGAUCUGAAUCCGCUAACAGAAGUGAAACAUUCAAUGGAUGACGUCCCAGCUGUUUCUCAAGCCAUUCUCACCAUAUCAGUACACCAGCGCAUUGCCUGGUCUCAUAACUUUAUCGCUCGUCUAUCUCAGCACGCUAUGGUAUCGUCACAAACCCUCGGAGACCUCUUCGAAAUGAUACCUUGUCAAUCCAACGAGCUCCCUUCGGAAACAUUGGACGAUGAUGGGAAGUAUACGUACGCAGAUAGCUCAAGCAAUGUUCCUCCGCCAUCGAGUGGAUUCGUACUCUGUAUAGAGGGAAUCGCAUACGGAGACGGUAUGAGCGAAGAUGAUUAUGCUGAUAAGCUAGUCAAACAUCUUGCAAAUACAGAGGCACCCCUUCAGAAUGGACCUAAGGCACACGACACACCUCUAUCUUCACUCUCGGUCAGGCUUCAUCAGCCAUACUGGCUCCUCCACCAAGGCGAUUGCGAGCACUACAUCGUGUUUGAAGAGAUUCGCUUAAUACAUCCCAGUGAUCCCAAGAGUGGCUAUCCGCUUACCCUCCAAAUAACGCCACCCUCGCUCAGUCUAUGCCGUGCAUGUACGCGCGUGCCGGCUGUCUAUUCCAUCGUCGGGGACAUUCGCCUUGGAGAAAGCCCAUGUGUUCUUUGCGCCGCCUGCUGGAGGACUAUGGGAAUUCCCCCAGGUGAUCAGGCUGACUUUAUCACAGUUGUUCCCCUCCCUCGUCACGAACUUGGUUGGCAGACAUAGCCCUUCCAUUCGCGACAUGCAAUAAUUUCCUUGUGCUAUCUGCAGGAGCUCUCUUUCUCUACUGUAGUUUUUCGACCAUAAGUUCGUGGGAAGAUUAUGUCAGACGUGACACUCGCCAGGCCACGGUUCGUUUGGCUGGGCCACGCGUGACGAACCAAUGAAAUUGUUCGCAGUACGACCCAAAAUUUGAUUUUCGG